GCAACUGACAGAAGAAAGGGAGCCAAACCAGCUGGACUUAGAAAUGUCUGCUUUUCGAUCUAUCACGAGAUCUAUCUGCUAAAGAAUCUGGUAACUGCAUCCUGCGGACAUAGAUACUGAAUACAAGAUAUAAAAAGACACCAGGUUACAGAGGAUUAUAAAGGAAUCAACAGCUCUCGCUACAGGAAAACGUUUAUACGGAGGCCUCAUCUGAAGAAGAACAUGUUCACUGCUCUAGUAAGGCGUCUAAUGAAGACUGGACUCCAAGCUGCUCCUGCUGAUCACUGCUUUGCUGGACCUGAAGAUGUGGCCUGUGAUUUCUGCACUGGAAGAAAACUGAAAGCUAUCAAUUCCUGUUUAGUCUGUCUGGCCUCUUACUGUGAGAAACACCUUCAGCCUCAUUAUGAUUCAGCUACAUUUAAGAAACACAAGCUGGUGGAGCCCUCCAAGAACCUCCAGGUGAACAUCUGCUCUGAUCAUGUUAAGGUGAUGAAGGUAUUUUGUCGUACUGAUCAGAAGUGUAUCUGUUAUCUCUGCUGUUUGGAUGAACAUAAAGACCAUGACACAGUGUCAGCUAAAGAAGAAAGGACUGAGAGGCAGAGAGAGCUGGAGGAGAGACGAGGAAGAAUCCGGCAGGGAAUCCAGGACAGAGAGAAAGAUGUGAAGCUGCUUCAACAGGAGGUGGAGGCCAUCAAUCACUCUGCUGAUAAAACAGUGGAGGACAGUGAGAAGAUCUUCACUGAGCUGAUCCGCCUGAUCAAGAAAAGACGCACUAAAAUUAAGAAGAAGAUCAGAUCCCAGCAGGAAACUGAAGUGAGUCGAGUCAAAGAGCUUCAGGAGAAGCUGAGCUGAAGCAGCUCUUAAACACAGAGGAUCACAACCAGUUUCUCCACAGCUACCCCUCACUGUCAGCACUCAGUGAGUCUACACACUCAUCCAGCAUCAAUAUCCGUCCUCUGAG